UGCGUCUUCCUCCUGCAUUUCGAAUUUUUUAUAAUUAUGAAAACCCUAGCCGCUACAUGGAAUCAGUUGCCUGUAACACUCCGGCUACCGCCGAAAUUCUCCACCAACUAUGAUUCUAAGUUGUCUAGUUUCGGAUCGACCUCUCGAUUACCUGUCGGCCGUGCAAUCAAAUGCUCAGCUGCAUCACUCGUUGAUAGUCCAGAAACGUUUGUUGAACUUUCAAAGAAGGGGAAUUUGAUCCCGCUUCACCGGUGCAUAUUCUCUGAUCACCUUACGCCAGUGCUUGCUUACCGAUGUUUGGUUAAGGAAGAUGAUAGAGAUGCCCCUAGUUUUUUGUUUGAAUCCGUUGAACCUGGCCUCCAGGUUUCAAACGUGGGGAGAUAUAGUGUGGUUGGUGCUCAGCCCUCAAUGGAAAUUUUGGCUAAAGAAAAUGUUGUUACGAUUUUGAAUCAUGAAGAAGGGAAAAGGACAGAGAAGAUUGUUGAGGAUCCUAUGGCAGUGCCUCGAAGUAUCAUGGAGAAAUGGAAACCUCAACUAAUUGAUGAACUUCCAGAUGCUUUUUGUGGAGGAUGGGUUGGUUACUUUUCGUAUGAUACUGUCCGCUAUGUAGAAAAGAAGAAAUUGUCAUUCUCUAGUGCACCAACAGAUGACAGAAACCUUCCUGAUCUACAUCUAGGACUUUAUGAUGAUGUUCUUGUGUUUGAUCAUGUGAAUAAGCAAGCUUAUGUGAUUCAUUGGGUGCACUUGGAUCAAUAUUCUUCAGUUCAAGAGGCAUAUGAGGAUGGAACUGCUCGGUUGGAAAAGUUGCUCUCCAGAGUACAUGACAUAAUUCCACCAAAGCUUCCCGCAGGAUCAAUAAAAUUGUCAACUCAUCUUUUUGGUCCAAAACUGAAGAUGUCAAGUAUGACAAACUUAGAAUACAAAGAGGCAGUUUUGCAGGCUAAGGAGCACAUCCUGGCUGGGGAUAUCUUCCAGAUUGUGUUAAGCCAGCGUUUUGAGCGCCGAACAUUUGCAGAUCCAUUUGAAGUUUACCGAGCUCUGCGCAUUGUCAAUCCUAGCCCUUACAUGACUUAUCUGCAGGCUAGAGGCUGCAUCCUAGUUGCUUCGAGUCCAGAAAUUCUUACACGUGUGAAGAAGAGGAAGGUAACUAAUCGACCCCUGGCUGGAACCAUUAGAAGAGGGAAAACAGAAAAGGAGGAUCUAAUGUUGGAGAAGGAGCUCUUGGAUGAUGCAAAGCAGUGUGCUGAGCAUAUAAUGCUGGUUGACUUGGGAAGAAAUGAUGUUGGGAAGGUAUCGAAAUUUGGUUCCGUGAAAGUUAAAAAGCUAAUGAAUAUCGAGAGGUAUUCCCAUGUCAUGCACAUCAGUUCGACUGUCACAGGUGAGUUACUUGAUGAUUUAAACAGUUGGGAUGUCUUGCGUGCUGCAUUGCCUGUAGGGACAGUUAGUGGAGCACCAAAGGUGAAAGCAAUGGAGUUAAUCGAUCAGCUGGAGGUUACCAGGCGCGGGCCAUACAGUGGCGGGUUCGGUGGCAUUUCGUUUUCAGGAGACAUGGAUGUAGCCCUUGCUCUAAGGACUAUAGUCUUCCCCACUAAUACGCGUUACGACACCAUUUACUCGUACAAGGAUGCGAACCGUCGUAUGGAAUGGGUGGCUCACCUCCAGGCGGGUGCCGGGAUUGUGGCGGACAGCGACCCUGCAGACGAACAAAGGGAGUGUGAGAACAAAGCCGCUGCCCUUGCUCGUGCAAUUGACCUUGCAGAAUCAUCGUUCAUUGGAGAAUGAUCGUAAGCUUUUUGUUUUCCAUAAAAAUUUCAAGUUCCUAAUUUCGGUUCUGUUCUUAUAUAGAGAUCUUCUCAGUUGAAUUAAUAAUAAAUAACCAUUUAGCUUUUUAUUUU